AUGAACUCAAAAUCAAAAGUCUCAAACAAACACGCGACUUACUUGUUGACAGAGUGGAACGAGGAGGCAAGAGGAGUUACUACCUCACGGAGCAAACACAACGAAGAGGCAAAGAGGCGCAAGGAGGUGAACAGAUUGGCUGGUGUGCCUAAAGAUGCAAUUCGGUUGAGCUUGUUUUCGUUCUCACUAUCUGCAGAAGCUAAGGGGUGGCUUUAUUUAUUCAAAGGCAACAGUCUUAAGACAUGGGAUGAAGUUGUUGAGAAAUUUCUAAAGAAAUAUUUUCCUGAGUCUAAGACUGCAGAAGGCAAAGCCGCCAUCUCUUCUUUUAACCAAUUUCCAGAUGAAUCUCUGAGUGAGGCCUUAGAAAGAUUCUAUGGUCUAUUGAGAAAGACACCCACUCAUGGAUUCUCAGACCCGAUUCAGCUCAACAUUUUUAUAGAUCGGUUAAGACCACAGUCCAAGCAGCUGUUGGACGCUUCUACAGGGGGUAAAAUCAAGAUGAAGACCCAUCAAGAAGCCAUGGACCUUAUUGAAAAUAUGGCUGCAAGUGACAUUGCUAUUUUGAGAGAUAGAGCCCACAUUCCAACAAAGAGAAGUCUGUUGGAACUUACAUCACAAGAUGCAUUGUUGGUGGACUUCCCGGAUUCUAGCAUGGACAACAAUACAACCAACAACAAGGACAAUGGAGGAACCACCCUGGGAAUCAAUUCAAUAGAGACCAGGGUGGACCGUCCACAAGGCCGCAGCAACAAGGGCCUAGUCUCUACGAUCAAGGAGAUAAUCAAGCUUUUGCAAGCUGGAAUCAUUUAUCCUAUCUCCGACAGCCAAUGGGUGAGUCCCGUCCAGGUAGUCCCGAAGAAGACCGGCCUCACAGUGAUAAAAAAUGAGAAGGAGGAGUUGAUUCCUACUCGGGUGCAGAACAGUUGGAGAGUCUGCAUUGACUAUAGGAGGCUGAACCAGGUAACCAAAAAGGACCAUUUUCCCCUGCCAUUCAUUGACCAGAUGCUUGAACGCCUGGCAGGUAAAUCCCACUACUGUUUCCUUGAUGGUUUUUCUGGUUAUAUGCAGAUUACUAUUGCUCCUGAGGAUCAGGAAAAGACCACAUUCACCUGCCCCUUCGGCACUUUUGCUUAUAGGAGGAUGCCUUUCGGCCUGUGCAAUGCCCCUCGUACCUUCCAGCGGUGCAUGAUUAGUAUUUUCAGUGAUUUUUUAGAAAAUUGCAUAGAGGUGUUUAUGGAUGAUUUCACUGUAUAUGGAUCCUCUUUUGAUGGUUGUUUGAAUAGUUUGGAAAAAGUUUUGAAUAGAUGCAUUGAAACUAACCUUGUUCUAAAUUUUGAAAAAUGUCAUUUUAUGGUUGAGCAAGGUAUAGUUUUAGGCCACAUUAUUUCCAAUAAGGGUAUUGAAGUAGAUCCUGCAAAAAUUUCUGUUAUUUCACAAUUGCCUUACCCCUCUUGUGUGCGAGAGGUGCGAUCUUUUCUUGGUCAUGCAGGAUUCUACAUGCGCUUUAUAAGGGAUUUUAGC